AUGACUGAGGAGGAUCCGGGACGGAUACAAGACCACCCUGAGAAGAUUCCGGUGAAAGAUGAGAGUGAGAAAGGAAGUGUGGGCUCCAAGAAACCAAAUCCUUUUCUGACAGUUACCCUGAUGAAGUUUUCAUAUUUCCGAAGAGCUAAAAACUUUUUCGAAACAAAAGUGAUUCCAGGUCCAAAACAGGUCCCUUUAGUGGAGGGGCCAUUCGGCUUGGGGAGUCUGGUUUUUACUCCUUUCCAGCGUUUCAACAACAUUAAGUGCUUCUUGACUUUUUAUUGUCUUCUGGUCCUAGCUCAAGGAAUGGUAUUUGGUCUUACUGAUCUGAGUAUUGGAAAUUUUGAGAAGGAACUUUAUCUGUCAAGAACAGAAAGAUACGUAUUGCCCCUCACUUACGAUAUUUCAUCUUUAUCAGUAGCAAUACUUGUAGCAUACUGUGGAAGUAGAGGGAACAGGGCAAGAUGGAUGGCAGUUUCUGCCUUUUUGGUAGGACUUGGAUCGCUUUUACUUGCUAUUCCAUACAUGAAAUAUGAAAUUGUAAAACCCAUGGAAGAAGUUGACGAGUUGUGUACAGAAGAAGAACAUAGGACAGUAACAGUGUGUGAGGAAAACAUAUCACCAUACAAAUCACAAAUUAUCUCUCUCUUCAUCGCUGGCCAGUCUCUCCAGGGAUUUGCAGGGAUGCCGAUUUACAUACUUGGCUUGACCUUCAUUUAUGACCACAUUUCCACACACUCGGCUGGCUUCUACCUAGGUCUCGGAGAAGCUAUGCAAAUACUGGGCUAUGGUGUGGGUUACACGGUGGGAGCACCAAAUCUUAGGCCUUCACAUAAUCACACUGAAGAGGACUGGUCAAAUCAUCAGUAUAAAUGGUGGCAGAGCAAUUGGUUGGUUGGAUUUCUUGGUGCCACUCUACUUGCUUGGUUCUUAUUUUUUCCACUGAUGUGUUUUCCAACUAAUUUACCUGGUGCACAAAAGAUAAGACUUCGGAAAGAAAGGAAACCUUCCACCUUUUUUUCAUACAAAGACUUAAAGUUUUUUUUUUUUUUUCAAACAGGUCUUUCACUUGCUUGGUAUCUGAUAAAAAGCCCUCUGAUGAUGUGCUAUGCGAUGUGCAAAGCCACAGAGUCCCUGGCUAAUAUUGGAUCUGCGGAAUUUUUGCCAAAAUAUUUAGAAAAUCAGUUUUUGUUAACGCCCUCACUUGCCGCUCUGCUCACAGGAAUCAUUUUAAUUCCAGGUGGUGCAAUUGGCAUUUUCCUGGGAGGUUUCGUUGUCUCAAAGUUGAAAUUGUCAUGUAGAAGUCAAAUGAGAUUUAUAAUGACAACAUCUAUUAUAUCGCUUGGGCUCUUGGUAUUAGUCAUUUUUGUAAAGUGUGAAACAGUGGAUUUUGCUGGAAUCAAUGAAGAUUAUGAUGGAUUGGGUACCUUUGGAAACCUCACGGCUCCAUGCAAUGAGUUAUGUGAUUGCACAAGUUCUGUCUACUCUUCUGUGUGUGGAAGAGAUGAGACUGAAUAUUUCUCUCCCUGCUUUGCAGGCUGCAUUGCUAGUAAAAUCCUACACAAUGAAAAGACAUACUACAACUGUUCCUGCAUUAAAGAAGGACUGACAAACGCAGACAGUCAAGGUGAUUUCAUUGAUGCCGUUCCUGGAAAAUGCAAUACCAAAUGCUUUACAUUACCUUUGUUUUUUGCUUUUUUCUUUUGUGCAAUUGCCUUCUCUAGCUCGGGUAGCAUACCAAUCACCUUGAUGAUUCUCCGAACUUUACCUUCCAGUUUACAAUCGCUGGGCAUAGGUGUGACCUAUACAACUUUGAGAAUAUUUGGAACCAUCCCUGGACCACUGAUUUUUCGAAUAACAGCAAGUAGCUCUUGCACUUAUUGGGACAUUAAUAAAUGUGGAAUCAAGGGAAGAUGUUGGAUCUAUAAUAAGACAAAAAUGGUCUACAUAUUGCUAGGACUAUGUAUUUUUUGCAAAGUGGCCACAGCAUUGCUUACUUUUUUGGCACUUGUUAAAUAUGAUGUUACAAUAGUUGAAAGUAGUGAGAUCUUGGCAAAGCCAGAAAAGCGAAAAAGAAGCAGCCAAAAAAAGAAAAAAAGAAAAAAAACUUCACACUAA